AUGACUUCUUCUUUUGGUUCUUGCAUUUUUCAAUUUUCUCUUCUUCCUCUUCUGCUUCUUUUCUUCAUACUUUCCUUUUCCAAUGCUCAAUCACCUUCCCCCAUUCCUUCCCCUACUCCUAGACCUACCAGUAUCGUCUUUGAUACUGAAUACGAUCCACUAACCCUCCAAUUCAUGAUCAAUAUUAACCAAGGAACUCCUCUAGCUCCUGUGAAACUAGUCCUCGAUCUCGGGGGAAAGUUACCUUGGCUCCGUUGUGACAAAGGCUACACAUCAUCAUCAUACAAACCAGUCAAUUGCACGUCAUCCAAAUGUGCACAAGCUAGCAAACAUGUCACAUGUGUAUUGUGCAAAAAUAGCACCGAGCCUAACAAAACCUGGUGCCAUAAUAAUGCAUGUAGCAUUCAUACAAGAAACCCGGUAACUAAGGCCGUAGGACAUGGUGAGCUAAUUACUGAUCUUGUUACGGCUAGAUCUAAUCCAGGGUCCUCACAGGCACCUGGUCCACUUCUUACGCCUCGCCGGUUUGCGUUCGGCUGUGCAACUUCUGGUGAGUUCUCAUUACGUGGACUUGCUAAAGGUGCUCAAGGAGUGGCUGGUCUGGGACGUUCAUCCGUUCUUUCUUUAGUUUCACAGUUUUCAGCUGGAUUUCGACUUUCUCGUAUAUUUGCUCUGGAAUUAGGAACAGGUAAGAUUUUCUUCGGGGGCGGACCUUACUUUUACACGUUUGGUAGUGAUUUUAUAGAUUUGAGGGAAUCUCAUUUAUGGAGUGACACCCCACUCUUGACUAACCCAAAAAGUCCUGAAGAAUAUUUCAUUGAUGUUAAAUCAAUCAAGAUAUACAAUGUAACAGUACCGAAUAUCGAUAAAAGAUUGUUGUCCAUUAACAAGGUAUCCGGAGUCGGAGGAACGAAAGUCGACUUUCAAGCUCCUUACACUGUUCUACAAACAUCAAUCUACAAGGCAAUUGCAAAGGUUCAUAUGGCUAGAUACAAGAAUGCUACCAGGGUUCCUCCUGUUGCGCCUUUUAGUACCUGUUAUAAAGCAUCCACUAUGGAUGUACCUGAAUGGAUAUUAGAGGGAAAUAGGAUACCACACAGUAUCGUUUUCCUCUUUGGCAAAGGUGGAAUGAGCACUGUUAGUGACUUGAAAUGGAUGGGAGAUGAUAUCAGAUGUUUGUCAUUCAUCGAUGGAGGUUUAUAUCCUAAGACUUCCAUUGUUCUUGGUGAAUAUAAUUUCAACGGCUUCCUAGAGUUUGAUAUUUCAAGAUCAAGAUUUGGGUUCUUGCAACCAUUGUUUCCUUGA